AUGGAGCGAAGUCAAGAGUAUGAAAAUACAGCUAGGGCCUCCCCUGUAUGCGACCCGCAGGAGCCUCGCCUUGCUGUGAUAAGUGGGAGAAGGCUACCGUGUCCUGGGCGGGCACGGCUAAAGAAGAUAAUCCAAAGAGUUGGUUCCUUAAAUGUGGGGAGCAUGACGGGAAGGAGUAGAGAAGUAGCGGAUGUGAUAAAGAGGAGAAAAAUUAACAUCUUUGUGUCCAGGAGACUAGAUGGCGAGGUAAUAAGGCCAGAGAACUGCGAGAUGGGUACAAGCUUUUACAGUGGAGCAAACAAGGAAGGAAGAGGUGUGGGAGUGGUAUUGGAUGGUGAGUGGAAGAAACACAUUGUGAGUGUAAACAGGUGUAGUGACAGAGUAAUGAGCAUUAAGUUAAUGUAUAUAAAAGUCACAAUUAACAUCAUCAGUGCCUACGCACCACAAGUCGGAUGUAGUAUUGAGGAGAAAGAGGAUUUUUGGAAACAGAUGGAUGUACAAAUCAUUGGGAUCGGUGAGGAAGAAUCAUCCUUGGGAGUGAUCUGA